AAAUAAAUUAGAUAAUGAAUAAGAUGGUUUUUGCCCAAAAGGAAAACAAGUUGUAUUAGUGGGAAAAAGAAGAAAAAACAACACCAAAGAUUAAAACCAAUUAUACCAACAUAGCAAAAUUCAUUCGUUGCCACCCAAAUUCUCUUCAUUUCUUCUGUGUUUCUCUCCCUCGCUUUCUAUGGUGCAUAAUCGCACCUUCCACCACCACCGCCACCCUAUCUGACGACGGCGACGGCCUCGAAACCCUUUUGCAUCACGUUACUUCUUCACAAUCAUAGGGAUGGGGCGGCCAUCACGGCCAUCACCAUCACCACCUGUACAACCAACACCGUCUCACAAUGAUAUCGAGAAAGGAUCGAAAAGGCCACGUCAUAAGUCGAAAAUACCUCCUCCUCCACCACCAAAACCGUGGAAACCAAGGUUCACGCCUCUCGUGUUCGUGGCUAAUACUUCGGUAUUUAUUUAUACCAUGUAUGUCAAUGAUUGUCCACAUACAAGUGGGACUUCAAAAUGUAUUUUGUAUGAAUAUUUGGGAAGGUACUCGUUUCAACGUUUUAAAGAAAACCCUCUCCUUGGCCCUUCAUAUAUCACGCUGAAGACACUAGGGGGCCUUGAUUGGACUCAAGUGGUAGAAGAGAAGGAAUAUUGGCGUCUCUUCUCAUGCAUGUGGCUUCAUGCUGGACUUGUCCAUUUACUAAUAAAUAUGUUAAGCCUUUUAGGCCUUGGAAUCCGAUUGGAACAUGAAUUUGGGUUCGUUACUUGA